AAAAAAGCAGUUUAUGCACAUAUUCGUGCAGUACACCAAAAUGAACGUCGAUUUAACUGUUAUGUUCCAGGAUGUGGGAUGUCUUUUGCAUACAAAAAAGUUAUGGAUAAUCAUGUUAAAAAUAUUCAUGAGCACCCACGAGUACGUAAAGUUCGAAAGUUGAAUAAAGAUGACAAGAUCAAUCGUGAUGUAACUGAAAUCGAACAUCUUACAGGUUUCGGAUAUUAUAAUUCAGGUAGAAAUAUAUCGUGUAUGGUCGAAGGAUGUGAGUUCAUGUUCAAACGUCAAUAUGAUCUGAGUAGACAUAUGAAAAGUCAACAUCCAGAUUAG